CUGCCGCUGACAGCCGCCCCCCCGGCGCCCGCCCCGCAGAGGGCUCCUGGCUGCCGCCAACAUCAUGAGGUAAAACCGGCGUGUCGUCUCGCCGCGGGCCGCUCGGGGCCCUGGCGGUGUCGCCCCGGGGCCGGUGUCGUUCCCCGCGCCGGGGCAGGUGUUGGCAGCUGCCGCGCGGGGUUGCAGGGUCCGGCGUGUGCGGAGGGCGAGCGGUGGCGCGGCCCCGCGUGUGCCCCAGGUCCCCGCGCUGCGGCCCCGUCCCCGCCCGCCUCCCGCCGCCGCCUCCCGCCUCCCCGCGCCCGUCCCCGCCUCCGUCUCCUCCGCCCUGCCGAGCCCCGGCCCGCUCCUCCCCGCCGCCGCCGCCGCCGCCGCCGCCGCCGCCGCCGCCCCGGCCCCGCGGCUCCGUCCCCGGCCCGGCCGCGCUCCCCGGCGGGCCGCCGCCUGCAUGUCGUUGCUGCCCGCCGCCGCCGCCCCGCCGCCCUGCCGCCGCCGGCCCCGCCGCCCUGCCGCGCCGGAUGCAGACUAACAGGGAUGCCAAAGGAAAAAUAUGAUCCCCCAGAUCCUCGCAGAAUUUACACAAUCAUGUCAGCAGAAGAGGUAGCCAACGGGAAGAAGUCGCACUGGGCUGAAUUAGAGAUCUCGGGUAGAGUGCGGAGCUUAAGUACGUCACUUUGGUCGCUGACGCACUUGACUGCUCUGCACCUCAAUGACAAUAAUCUUACUCGCAUUCCACCUGAUAUUGCCAAGCUUCAUAAUCUGGUUUACCUGGAUCUGUCAUCCAACAAACUCAGAAGUUUACCAGCAGAACUAGGAAACAUGGUAUCUCUCAGGGAAUUGCUUUUAAAUAACAAUCUGUUACGGGUUUUGCCUUAUGAACUUGGACGGCUCUUCCAGCUACAAACCCUAGGUUUGAAAGGCAAUCCUUUAUCACAAGAUAUUCUCAGCCUCUACCAGGAUCCAGACGGAACUCGAAAGCUACUGAACUACAUGCUUGACAAUCUAGCAGUUCAUCCAGAGCAGCUGCCUCCAAGGCCAUGGAUUACUUUAAAAGAACGAGACCAAAUUCUGCCCUCAGCUUCAUUCACAGUUAUGUGUUACAAUGUGUUGUGUGAUAAAUAUGCCACCCGGCAGCUCUACGGCUACUGCCCGUCUUGGGCCCUCAAUUGGGAGUAUAGAAAAAAAGGAAUCAUGGAAGAAAUUGUCAACUGUGAUGCAGAUAUCAUUAGUCUUCAAGAAGUGGAAACAGAGCAAUACUUCACCCUUUUUCUGCCAGCCUUGAAAGAACGAGGAUAUGAUGGAUUCUUUUCUCCAAAGUCACGUGCCAAAAUCAUGUCUGAGCAGGAGAAAAAGCAUGUGGAUGGCUGUGCAAUAUUCUUCAAAACUGAAAAAUUUACGCUGGUGCAGAAGCAUACAGUGGAGUUCAACCAGGUGGCAAUGGCUAACUCUGAAGGUUCGGAAGCUAUGUUAAAUAGAGUGAUGACGAAGGACAACAUCGGAGUUGCUGUGGUGUUAGAGGUGCACAAAGAAUUAUUUGGAGCAAGUAUGAAAUCACUUCAUGUGGACAAACAGCUGCUUAUUGUGGCCAAUGCCCACAUGCACUGGGACCCUGAAUACUCAGAUGUGAAACUCAUUCAGACUAUGAUGUUUGUCUCGGAACUGAAAAAUAUCCUUGAGAAAGCCUCAAGCAGGCCCGGUAGCCCAACAGCAGAUCCUAACUCUAUCCCUCUGGUGCUGUGUGCGGAUCUCAACUCAUUGCCUGAUUCAGGUGUAGUGGAAUACUUAAGCAAUGGCAUAGUAGCUGACAACCACAAGGACUUCAAGGAGUUGCGUUAUAACGAGUGUCUCAUGAACUUCAGUGGCAACGGAAAAAACGGGGCUUCUGAAGGAAGAAUUACGCAUGGCUUCCAACUCAAGAGCGCCUAUGAAAACAACUUGAUGCCUUACACCAAUUACACUUUUGAUUUCAAAGGUGUGAUUGACUACAUUUUCUAUUCCAACACUCACAUGAACGUGCUUGGUGUCCUGGGGCCUUUGGACCCUCAGUGGCUGGUUGACAACAACAUCACUGGGUGUCCACACCCUCACAUCCCUUCAGACCACUUCUCACUGUUAACACAACUCGAACUCCAUCCUCCGCUCCUGCCUCUUGUCAACGGUGUGCACUUGCCGAACAGGAGGUAGUGGAGCCCUGCCCCUCUGCGGGCAAGGACCUGUUGUUAUGGACCUGUACAGUUGUAAAUCAAAGUAUAUAGGAGUGAAGUAUGGCCAACCUUAAGCUGCUUCUUCAAGCUCCUUUCCUUAUGUGUUUGAUAUGAGAUUUUGCACAUUUUGGUGCAUAUUGGUAUCAUUUGGCACUAGGGCUGGAACCAAAGUAUUACUCCCUUUCCAGGUUUUUAAUUUAAAUUUAAAAAAAAAACCAACUGGCAAGCUUUUUCUUUUCGGUAGGAAGCUGCACUUACAAAUGGACAAAUGAGAUUAUAAACCUUCGUACUAACAUAUUUCAAGAUAAUGCUUGUUUUUCCAGAAUGUGGCAAAAUGAACCAACCUUUUAGGAGAAAGGAAAACAAAAAUAGAAAUGCUUGGUUUGUAGGAAGAAUAUUAGAAAUAUUUGUUUGAAUCCAAAACGGAGACUGAACUCUGCAUCCGAAAUAAAUUUUGCACGUUAGCGAAGCACUUAAUACCUGACUAUAAAUGACUAGCAGUGUGGCCCUGCCCCUCGUCUAACUAAUAUUGGAAAACCAAAGAUAGCUUAGUAUCUGUGAUAAAAGCUGAGGUCUAAAUUCUCCUGAUGUAAUCUCAUUUACGACGAAAUUUCCAGCAAAGCUAUGUCUCACGAGAAUUUGCAAGCGAGCGUUUAAUGCUGUGUGUAGAUUGCUUGCUUGCCAGAUGCCAUGGUGACUUUUUUCAGAGCUCUGAAGAACUGGGUCCUUUCUGGGCAAGAUGCGCAGGGAUCCAAAGGAGCUCUGUGAAACAGAGCUGCCUCUGCUUCGGCAAGCCCGGGCGACAUGCUGCUCAGCAGCACAGUUUGGGAGCGGGGCUUAGAAAUGGUAAGAAAUUGCACUUGAAGCGAGCGAGCCGUUGCAAGUGUUUGGGUUCUGGGUGAAUAAAAAAGUUGCAAAUCCGUCCUAGGUUCCUCUUUCCAAAGUUCAGUUGCAAAGAUGGGAAACUUGGGAUUAACUGCUUAAGCGUAGGGUACAGGAAAAAGCUGCUGGAAAUGACCUUACUUCUGCCUCCAAGGGCGCGCAGAGGAGCUGUCGGCAUGCUUUUUUCACUGGGGGAGCAAGUGGCAGCCUUAGUCAUUCCUUGGAUUAUUUUUCCUGACCCUAGUUGCCAAAUAGCCAUCACACUUUUUUAAUAAUCUUUCUUUUCUGUUGUCGGUCAGGGUUGAAUUAAAAAGCUGCUGGUUCAUUCCCAACUGUUAAUGCUCUUUGGAUGUGUUGGAAAUCCCCUCCACCUUUUUUUUUCCUUUUUAUGCUCUAGGUGGCCAGUUCAAAACGUUGUGCCUCGAGAGGCUUUAAACGUAAUGCAAUUUUCUGAAAAAAAUUGUUUGGCUGCUUAAUGUUAAAAAAAAAAAAUGGCACAGUGAUAGGAAAAGGUUGUGUCUGUGUUUUUAAGUUUUUCUUUAUUCUGCUUUUUUGCUGCUAUAAGAUUUUCUUGAAUUUAUAUUUUAAACUUUUCAUGCACUUUACUGUUUCUAGUCUCAAAAUGUGAUAUUUUUAAUAAAUGAAAAAAUUUUCCAUUAUGUGAAUGAAAUUUUUAAACAGAUUGAUAGCCUAUAUUUAUGUCUCAUUCGUAUACUUUAAAAAGUCAAAUUUAAAUUGUGAAAUUAGUUUUAAAUACUAAGGAGCCAUCUUCUGUCUUGCAAAACUGCUAAGUCAGGCUGUUCCUCUACUCUUUAAUUAAACAUUUCCUUUGUCGUUUUAUACAUAGGAAAUUAUCCACAGGGGGAAAUAAAAAAUUAAUUGGACCUAGAGUAGAAACCAUUCCCUGACUCUUGUUGGGGGCCGGGGAGGGGGUGGUGCGGGACAGAACGCAGAAAUGGGUUCAACAAAACAAGAACUCCCUUUUAAAAGAAGUGCCUAAAAAACGGAGGCGUCAUCUAUUGUCUACUAUAAAUUGGAAGCGAUCAUAGCUGGGUGAAAUUCCUGUACAGAAAUUGUUUUGUGCAGCACCAAAAAAAACCCAAAACAAAACCCUUUCUAAAGACAGAUAUUCCUCUAGGUGCAGGUAUCUCUUUUGUAAUAUACCUCAGCAUUUGCCACCUAGCCGUUGCAGAUAAAUUGCGAAAGCGAUUUGAGAGUAUAGUACUGGAAAGUAGAAUAGCAUGAAAAACUUAAUUUUGUGGACAUUACCUUUCUGUAAUCAGCUACUGUAUCUUUUUUGGAGGGGGGGGGUGCUCUGCUCUGGGCGUGUGCACUAACAAACCCUUCUCCUCCUUUUCCUACACGCAUGUUAACUAGCAACGUGAGCAGUAUUUCCUACCAUACUUCACUCCCAAUAUUUUUUGAGAUGUUUGUAUAAAAUGGAAUUUAAAAUUCACCUAUGAUUGUAUAUGAACUGCAGAGGAGCCCAUUUAUUAAUAAAAAUAAAAACCAACAACAAUGUUUUGUAAUAUCGGGGUGGGAGAGAAUGGGGAUGGAAAAACAAAACGAACCCUAGCAAACAUUGUAAACUGCUUACGUUUGACUUCCCUUUGGUUUCUAACCGAUUGAAGUGUUCUGUUGCGGGAAGGUGUUUAAUUGGAUUUUCUCUGCUGCAAAAUGCACUUCUGAACGUCCAUUACGCUGUGCAAAUUUUUUUUUAAAAAAAAACCACGUUAUUUUAACAGACGUUGCACAAAACCUCUGGAUUUAAAAAAAAAAAAUAAUGAGUCUUGUUUAUGUUUCAGUCGAUGCACAUAACUGGGGACACAUUUACCUGCCUUUCAUGUGUCUGGCUCCCUCCCUGUUUUUCUUCUGUUUUUUCCCUUCCCAGCAGGAGCAGUAAGGGGAUUGCGCUUUUUUUCCAGCUGAGCAGCAACACUGCUCUCUGUAGCGAAUUUCUGUUCUGGGAAGAGAGGGAGCGGGGAGCAGGCAGCCACCGGCCUCAUGCGCAGGAUGAGAUCCCUUUCUGUAAACGUACACAUCGUCCAGAUGGCAACGCUAAUUUUCUUUUGACUUGAGUGGAAGCUGACGGUAGGGUGUUUCCCAGGGGAGAGGGAGGAAUAUGAACCAAAAUAUCCCUAAUCCUAAGCAGAGAUGGGUGGGAAACCAUCAGCUCUCUCCAUCGCUGACCCUCAGUUCCCAGCACGACAUGGUGCCCUUGCAGCCAACACCUGGGAAAAAAUGCUCUCAGCCCUUUACUGCUCCUUGCUGCCCUGGUUUGCUUUCAAAAAAUAUGGUGCCUGGUGUCAACUUCUAAGCAACAGCACUGCCUAAAGCAAGCAGAGAAAAAAAAAUCCAACACCCUUCUACAAGCAACUUUUUAAAAUUCAGUAUGGUAAAUCUGUUAGAUACGGGGUUUUGUGUGUGUAUAUAUAUAUAUAAAAAAAAGAGAAUUUUGUACAAUGUAGCUGAAUAUUUUUGUUUCCUUAUUUCGGUGUAAGGAGCGUGAACAUUUGCAUACCACACGCUGAAGUCAGGUAUGGCACAAUGGGGUCUGAGACCAGCUUUCCUUCCCAUUUGCCUCAUUAAAAGCUUUUGUCGUCCCUCUCUAGCAUUCGUUGAGAAAAUAUUUCAUUUUUUUGGUAAGCUUUCUCUGUCUGUUAGAAGCUGCUCCUGUUUAGUCUGCAGAAACAUUCAGGAAAGGUCUCGUUAGUUCCAAGUCCUCGCUGUUCUGUGUUUUAUAGAAUAGAAAGCCAAAAUCUUUGACUCUUAAUCUUUUCAGAAUCACUUGCCACUGACCUAACGCAGCUUUCAAAACCGUACCAUGACCUUCAGCAUUUGGGUAACGCUGCAGGUGGCUGCUGGUCUCCCACCUUGCUGGCUUUGCUGUGGAGCCUCCUAAAUCCAUGUUCCCACUCUUGAGCUCCUGAGGCCCACUUUACAAAGGUGCUGAGCAUCCACAGCUCCCACUUAAUCCUGAAUUAUUGCACUUCUGGAGACUGGCUUUCCACACCUGGAUUGUGAGACAUUGGGUCCAAAUCAGGAGCAAGAAUUUGAGACCUCAAAUGUUCAUAGCACUUUUUUCUCUGGGGUUGGUUUUGAUCAGGCAGUGAGGGGGAAGCCGAAAAGGCUUGUUGAAAUUCAGUUUCUCUGUUAAUUUAGGAGAUGGGUGGGGAAAACACUUGAAAGAUUCCCCAGGGCAGGAGUGCACUAUUCACACCACCUUAGCAGGGAGCAGGAGCCAGAAAGGCCCUGCUGGUCCUCACUCUCUGAAGACCAGAUUUAAAUCCAGCAACACAGCAGCAGUUCCUUCGUUUUCACAAUGCAUUUUCAGCAUCUAGCAUCAAAACCUUCCUUUGGCAUGAGGCUUGGCAUAGCAGGGUGGAGUGAAAGGUCUUUUAGUCCUCUCCAAAUCAAUAACCUGCAUUAGAAACACCACACAAAGGUGAUGCGCACCCUUGUACUGGUUUAAAAGGGAAUUUAAUCGCAGAUAGCGUUGCCCCCUCCCCAGUGACCUCAGCUUUGUGCAUAAUUACAAUUUCUCUGUUCUUGGCUUCCACAUAGAUCUUUUUCUUGUAACGGUAGCAGAGAUCUAAGGCCUGAUUUAAACCUAAGGAAGGACCUCUCCCUGUUGUAUGGGGAGGUGGGUGAUGGAAGCACAUCCUUCCUUGGCACGCGGGUACGAGGCAGCAGCAGGAGGUGGUUCAGCUGCAAUCAAUCAGGCUGCCAAUGUCAAAGAGCAGCGGGUCGUUGUCCUACUUGGUCACCACAGAGAUGCGAUGUUCUUCUGGGCGGUCUUUGCAAUCCAAACAGCAAAGCAGCACACAAGACUCGCUGAAGUUCACGUUGGCUUCAGAAGCGGUGUGGUUUCGGCACCAAGCACGCUCAUUGAAAAACCUUGCCUGCCUAAUUGUGUGUGUCCCAAAAGGAGCUGAAGAGCUUGGUCUUGGAGGGGUUUUACCCAGUGGGACAGAGGACCUGGUUUGUUAGAGACCUGCAAAAAAGAAAUGAGCCUCAGAUGCAGAGAGGCUCAGGUUUUUCUGAUAGACGUUAUUAUUAGCUGAGUUCCUCCAUCUCAUAGUGAGGCAAAGCACCGUGCGAUAUGCAGCUCGCAAGGUUUUUGUAGGAUUACAGAAGUACAGUCACGUGCCCUCCCUUUCUUGCCCUUCAGCGUUCAAAGGUGACACGAACCCCAGGACAACCUGGUGGAAACCAUUCAUGUCUUGUCUUAAGUCUCUAUGCCAAGCAUCAGCCAAGAAGAACUCACUUGUAAGACCAAAAACCAAUUUAGAAGGAGGCUGUAAGGCUCUAGAUCCAGGCACAGCUGUACGUGGUACUGUAUUUUCUCCUGUGACCACUCUUUGCAUUGACACUGACCACGGGUUUGCUUUUCCUCCAGGAAACAAGAGCAGGGACAAAAAAAAUGAGCAGAUGAGGCAGGUGCAGGCAUUGUGCGAUCAGAAGAGGGACAAAAAUAAUACCUUUAAAGAAUAAUACCUUUAAAGAACUCCUUAAUCCGAAGAAAAACUAUUUGACUUUAUAAAAGUAUUAAAAGACUGAUAAAGUUUGCUGGUUUGGCUGUGUUUGAGGAUGACGGACUUCAGUGCAUCUUCUUGGAGUCUAUCUGGCAAUAAGCAUGACAAUAGAGGAGUGCUCUUUGGUACUUCAGGGUGUUUUAAACAGUGUUGAUGGCAAAGCACGCUAAGCGAUAUGACUCUCUCUUUUUUCCCUCCCCUCCUGCAAUCUUAUGGUGUGUUUAGCUUGCAAAAUCUCUCACCGUUUGAGUGGUGAAGGUUAGAGCGAUCCUGGUACUUGGUCCUGUCCUCUUUGUUAAACGGUUCCUACAGUUUAGGCAUUUACUGAGUUUGCAUUUGUCUGUAUUUGUCUUUGUUCCAAAGCAAAAAAAACCAACAAUCAACCCAACCAAAAAAACCCAGCCAAAUCAACAACCUCAUGGUGGCUUUCUUUACGAGUGACAUGUUACAUGACUUUGGCUUUGUUUUCCGUUUUUACUUACCGCAUCGUGUGUUUGCUUUCCACGCAAUUAAAAGUGUUUGUGUGCACCAUUGUAACUAAA